AUGCAAUCCCCAAUUACACCCGAUCCCACCAUACAAAAGCGUUACGAGGUUGAACGCGAAAAAAGGAUCAGGCCUGACGCAGAGGCUCAAUUUCUUGAUCUGAACACAGCGGAAACCCUGUCUGACCUGAACAAGGACAUUUGGGUUAAUCAUGAGACACUUAACAAUUCUAAUUCUCCUGUUCGUGACGGUGGUUUUUACGAGGUCCUUAUCCUAGGAGCAGGAUAUGGCGGUCUUCUGUUUGCUGCACGACUAAUUCAGGCUGGGAUCUUGCCUGAAGGCAUUCGGAUCGUAGACAAUGCAGGUGGAUUUGGAGGAACUUGGUAUUGGAACAGAUAUCCUGGGCUUAUGUGCGAUGUAGAAAGCUACAUGUACAUGCCACUCCUCGAGGAGACAGGGUAUAUGCCAAAGCAUAGGUAUGCCUAUGGUCCAGAGCUAUUGCAACACGCCAACCGGAUAGCGAGUCACUUUAAUCUAGAGAACAAAGCAUUGUUUCGAUCGCAUGUGACUGAGAUGAGAUGGGAUGAUCAGGCACGCCAUUGGAUGGUUCAGAUUUAUGAGAACAGAGGCCCAACGAAACCAGGUCAAACACUAAGCGUAAAGUCUCGAUUCGUCAUCACUACGGGUGGUAUCCUAAACGUGCCGCAUGUACCAAAUGUACAAGGCUUAACUACUACCAAAAUCCCACUAUUUCACUCCGCUAGAUGGAGGUAUGACCUUACAGGCGGUACACCAACAGAGCAGAGAAUGGAGAAACUGAAAGAAAAAAGAGUUGGGAUUAUUGGGACAGGGCCUACAGCUAUUCAAAUAGUGCCAGAACUUGCGAAGUGGUCCAAGCAUCUCCUACAUCUCCUAGUAUUCCAGCGCACGCCGACAUCGUGCGAUGUUCGUGGUCAGCGACCGACUGAUCCAGACGAAUGGAAACAGAUUACAGCGCAGAAAGGGUGGCAAAGAGAAAGAAUACAUAACUUUAAUCACUUUGUAAGAGGGGAGCCGCUUCAAGUCGAUCUAGUUCAAGAUGGUUGGUGCCAAAUGCCAAGUUUUAGUGCAUUGAUAGGAUCGGCUCGCAAAGGAAAAAUCCAACCAGAAGACGUCAAAACUCAUAUUGCUGAGCUUGAUGCUAUUGAUUUUCCGAGAGCACAAAGACUAAGAGAACGUGUCGAUAACGUUGUCCAUGAUAAAAAAACGGCAGAGAAACUAAAAUCAUGGUAUCCAACUUAUUGUAAACGGCCAACAUUUCACGACGAGUACCUGCAAUCCUUUAAUCGACCGAAUGUCGAGCUGAUUGAGACAUCAGGAUUUGGUGUGGAGAAAAUUACAGAACGUGGAGUAAUUGUCAAUGGUGUCGAGCAUGAAGUUGAUUUGCUUGUAAUCAGCACUGGUUUUCGAACCACGUCUAGAGAUGGGGUGAAAACACCGUCACGUGAUUGCAACAUAGAAGUAUUUGGGCGACAUGGGCUCAAUCUAAACGAUAAAUGGGAUGCAAAUGGGCCAACAACUCUCCACGGAUGUUGCACACACGAUUUUCCGAAUCUUUUCUUUAAUGGAAUGAGUCAGACUGGAGCUGCUUGCAAUUUAGCUUACGUAUUGGAUAAUCAUGCAAGAACGGUAGCAUACUACAUACAGUCAGCACGCAAAGCAACAAAAACAAACACGUUCGCAAUUGAGCCAUCGCGCGAUGCAGAAGAAGAAUGGGCGAACGAAAGUGCUAGCAUGUCGAACUGGUUUGCUGCCCUUUCACCAUGCACUCCAGGAUAUUUCAAUAACUAUGCGAAGAAAAUCACAGACCCAUUAAGUCAACAAAAGCUUGCACGAGCUGCGCCAUGGGGAUUCGGCAGCCAGGACUAUAUAGAGCGCAUCGAAAAGUGGUGCCAAUCUGGAAGUCUUCAAGGGCUCUUGAUCUCUACUUAG